AUGGAAUGUUUGAUAUUGGUAGAGCUUAAUGAUUGUACAGAGCUUAGUGAUUGUUCAGAGCUUAGUGAUUGUAUAGAGCUUAAUGAUUGUACAGAGCUUAGUGUUUGUACAGAGCUUAGUGAAUAUACUGAGCUUAGUGAAUGUACUGAGUUUAGUGAUUGUUCAGAGCUUAGUGAUUGUACAGAGCUUAGUGAUUGUACAGAGCUUAGUGAUUGUACAGAGCUUAGUGAUUGUACAGAGCUUAGUGAUUGUACAGAGCUUAGUGAUUGUACAGAGCUUAAUGAUUGUACAGAGCUUAAUGAUUGUACAGAGCUUAGUGAUUGUACAGAGCUUAAUGAUUGUACAGAGCUUAAUGAUUGUACAGAGCUUAGUGAUUGUUCAGAGCUUAGUGAUUGUACAGAGCUUAAUGAUUGUACAGAGCUUAGUGAUUGUACAGAGCUUAGUGAAUAUACAGAGCUUAGUGAAUGUACAGAGCUUAGUGAUUGUACAGAGCUUAGUGAUUGUACAGAGCUUAGUGAUUGUACAGAGCUUAGUGAUUGUAAAGAGCUUAGUGAUUGUACAGAGCUUAGUGAUUGUACAGAGCUUAGUGAUUGUACAGAGCUUAGUGAUUGUACAGAGCUUAGUGAUUGUACAGAGCUUAGUGAUUGUACAGAGCUUAGUGAUUGUACAGAGCUUAGUGAUUGUACAGAGCUUAGUGAUUGUACAGAGCUUAGUGAUUGUACAGAGCUUAGUGAUUGUACAGAGCUUAGUGAUUGUACAGAGCUUAGUGAUUGUACAGAGCUUAGUGAUUGUACAGAGCUUAGUGAUUGUACAGAGCUUAGUGUUUAUAAAGAGCUUAGUGAAUAUACAAAUGAAAAAAGCAAUGAUGAAGAUGAGGAUGAUACAUCAGAACCUUUGACAGAGGUGUCAGUUAAGGAAACAAGACCCUCAUUCAAAACCUAA